AUCUGGUGUCUCCGCCUGGCGUCUGCGCUGCGUCUGGGUAGGCGUGGGGGCGUCUUGUUCGACGGCCUGGCUUCGGUGAACAACAACCUAUACACCGGCGGGUGUGUAACUUACGACCGCCCUCCGACUUAUUCUAGGAGGCAUCGCGUGUGUGCUGAAGGAAUGCCGUGGUCGGGAAGGAGCGUCCCGGCAUUUGUUCGACCCCCUCCCUCUCGUUAGCGCUGAGGAAGACGCGACGCGUUCGACCGCCGAAGUCAGACUUGGCGUCGACAUCAUCCAUUCGCAGUCCAAGCGUCCGAGGUCUCACUCCACAUACGGACUGCGGGUUCCACAUCAACACGAUAUUGAAUGCGCCCACCAUGAUGUCCACACGACUUGCCGCCAGGCGGCCGCUUUUCCAGUGCCUGAAUGCACCCGUUCGCUCCCGCAACGCUUCUCACCAAGCGCGCAACGAUGUCGACGCCCUCCUUCGACAAGCCCAAGGACGUCCUCUACCGGGGCGAGGAUUGAAGCCAGAACUUGACACUGUCUCGACGCACCGCGCAAACGCUGUGGAGAUUGCACGGCUUAAGAAGAGGCGGAAUUGGCUCGCACUCGGCGCCGCGCUAUCCAUGAUCGCACCCAUCUUCUUGGUGAAGCUAUGGGACUUGCCCGAUCUUGAGAAAGACAAGGCAGCUUUGAAGGAGGCGCAGGAAGCCAACAGGAGCACAGGCAUCGUGGACACGGUCAUGGGCCCCCCUACCAAAACAGACAGCCCCCGCAAGGCCGCCGAAGAGUUCCAGGGCAAGAAAGUCGUCAUCGCGGCCGGCGACAAAGUCAUUGCCGCACCCACAGAUGCCGAGAACCCGCAAGCUUCAGACGCCGACGCAAUCGAGCUUGUCGAAACAGGCACAUCCUACGUCCCUUACUUCCCACGCACAAUCAGUCUGCCUAACACCUCGGCCGUCGGCUCCGAAGGCUUCAGCAGCGAUUCCGAAUACCAGCUCCUCGGCCUCGGCAUCCGCAAAGUCUCCUUCCUACGCGUGCAAGUCUACGUCGUCGGCCUGUACGUGAAGACCGCAGAUCUCUCAACACUGCAGAACCACCUCAUCAACACCGUUAACCCCACCGCCUCGGCCCUCAUCCCCGGCGAGAAGGAGGACCUGCGCAAAGCACUCCUCGACCCGGAGCGCAGCACACAGAUCUGGGAGGCGAUACUGAGCCGCGAUGGCAUUGGCGCCGUGGACAUGGCGUUCCGCGUCGUGCCUUGCCGGGGAACCGACUUCAAGCAUCUGCAGGACGCGUGGAUGCGAGGUAUCGCCUCAAGGACGGAUGAGGUGAGGAGGAAACAAGCCGAGUUGCUGCGCCAGCAGGCUGCUGAGAACAAGCGCAUCAGUCUGCCGAAGCCGGUCGAGGAGGGUGAGUUCGCAGACGAGUCGUUUGGCCUGGCUAUGAAGGAGUUCAAGGGCAUCUUCACUGGCAAAGGCAAGGCACCGAAGGGUUCCGUUAUCAUUCUUACACGGAACAAGAAGGGCACAUUGAGCGCUAUGUAUCAGACCGUCGUGCAGGCGAACGGCAAGGAGAAGAUGGGCAAGCCGGCUUUCUUGGGUGAGGUGCUUGACCCGAGAGUCAGUAGACUGGUCUGGCUACUGUACCUCGGCGGACAGAACGUCAGCUGCGAGGAGGCGCGGAAGAACAUCGUCAAUGGAUGCAUCGCUAUUACUGAGCGACCAGUUGGCACUGUCGAGGGCAUGGUCCAGUAAAGAUUUGGAACGAGUAUUGUAGUAUCCGUGUAUAGGCAUCAUUUGGCCAAAAGCGCCACUCCGAACGCACCAAACAAACUGGCACGUUGCGGCAUGGUGCUGUCUAACUCUAUUCAAAAGGUAUUCAUGAGUUUCGAAUGUUUCUGCCUUGCCAAAGCGUCCUACUUCAUGGAUACGAGCGACUGGAAGUUUGCAGUGGAAGGCGACAUGAUCUGUUGGCCCCGCAACAAAAGUCACAAUGCAUGACUUUGUGGACUCUGCUCGUAGCUCUCUAUACUUUGCUUGCUGACAACAAAUCAUCAAGACUCGGCUACAUGCUCCGUUUGCC